CCCAAAAUUUCAGUUGAAACUGUGAGGAGAGAGUUUAUGGCAGUGACAGAAUUUCUUCAGGAAUUCAGGGACCAUGGAUUCACCUCUGCUAUAUCAGAUGACAGGGAGAUAGCAGAGAAGACUGAAACAGAGAUGAGCUGGCAAGAGGUGCGUCAGAAAAAAGAAGAAGACAGUUUGACAUGAAUGAUUUGUAUGGCUUUCUCUACUCCACUGAUAUCAUAAGUAGCACAGUGCAGAUAGGGAGACUAAAUGAAUCUUGCUCCAGACUGGGAAAACAAUGCAAGAUGUUGAUGCUGGUGACCUGAAGCUGGAGAUCAAGAGGGCCAUCAGAUCCUUUCCCACACACUUCUCCAGACCAUCUGAGAUGCUUGAUCACAUAUAUGAAGAAAAUAUCCUGGACAUAUAUCCAAAUUUGAGUAUAGUAUAAGGUCAGAUUCUAUUUAUCCCAGCCAAGCAUAAAUGAAACAACAUAGAAGACAGAGGCUGAUCAUCAAAUAUUAAUCUGCUGAUCAUGCUGUAAUACAAAGGGCUGUUCUAGACAUCUGGAUAAGAUUGCUCUGGGAUGACGAGCGAAGAGGAGUUUAAGGAAGGCUUAAAAAAAAGCACUUAAUGCAGAGGGCCCCAUAUCCAUGUUCGCCUUGAGCCCCAAAAUUGCUAAAUGCGUUACUGUAGAAGUCCCUGACUGACCUGACCUCAACCCGAGAGAACACCUAUGAGGUGAAUUAGAGCGGAGACUGCGAGCCAGGUUUUCAUGUCCAACAUCAGUGUCUGACCUCACGAAUGUGCUUCUGGAAGAAUGAUCAGAAAAUUUCCAUAAAGUCACUCCUAAACCUUGUGGAAAGCCUUCACAGAAGACAGGGGCGUUUCUAUGAUUUUCAGUUAAAGGAGGCUCAGCCCUAAUAGACGUUUAACACAUAUUUGGCUUGUUCAGAAUCAGUACUCAAAUGAGUCUUCUUGAUCACACACGCUGUUUACCGUAUAAACCUUUUUCUAUGUACAGGUACAAUCAGAAAAAUGUAACGAGAAAACAGCAUAUAACUAUAAACUUACAUGGAUGAGCAAUAUAAAUAACACACCUAUGAGGCUGGACAAUGAAAUAAACUGUGUAGGUGCCAAUAAUGCCAAACAUUUAUCUGUUCAUUCUUUGACAAUACUGCUGCUUUUUGUUGGAAACUGGCAGACAUAAAAAUGUGAAAAAUAGUGUCUGAUGCAAUGACUUGGGAACACAAUGUUGGGAACACAGUGUUAAUGUUCCUGAGAGGCUGCGCUUUCAGAGAACUGAACUGUAGAACUGAACAGAGAACUGGAGAUGGAAGGGUUUUCAACUCACAUGGGAGUAGGUCUCCAAAUGAGCAGCAGGUAAGAAUAGAACAUCUUUUUUUUUCAUGUGAUUUGAAAAACCUUCCAUCUACAGUUAAAUAUAAAUAUUAAAACUUUGAUCAUGUUAUCCAGUUUAAUUUAAUGUUUUAGCUACAUAAGUGAGACAGUAGGUUCUCUAUUUAACCCCUUAAAAUUUCAUAGCUACUAAGCUAUUUAUUCAAAUUCAUUAAUAUAGACAAUUAUUGUUUUAAUGUAAUUAAACAAAGCAUAUUUUUAAUAUCAUUCUUUUUUUUGUUUCUAUUCAUUAAAAAAGUAUUUUUUUAAAUCAAACCUAUAAGGCUAAUAAAUGUUUUUUUUACGAUUUGGGACAUUAUUUAAUGCAAUACAAUAUUUAUUACAAAAAAAAGGAUUUUCUGUCUGAGUAAAUCACACUGCUAUACAGUUAAAGCGAGUGCACUGAAUGCUGUCUGUCACUAUUUUUAAUCAUUUAUGUGCAGAACUCUAUGGUAGUUAAUGCCAUAUGCACUGUGCAAUGGUUUAUAUAGAUAGUCAGGUUUUUCCAAUUAAAACAGUAACGGCAUGAUUGAUUUAUAAAGUAGACUUUAGAUUCAUAGUGUGUAUUAAGGGCUUCAUGUUCACUGAAGGAAACAGCUGGUGUGAUGAGGGUGAACACAGCGAAGAUUUAACUGAUUAAUCCCUCAUAACAUUUUGUAAACUGUAUUUAUGAGAAAGGACUGAACUGAAGCAGUUAUAACAAUUUAUCGAAAAACACACACCUUGCCUUAAUUCUCCUUCUGUGAUGGCGAAUUGAAGACCGCGCUGAAACAGGGGGAGGAGCUGAAGUCUGCCGCCGCCGCUUUCAUAUGAAACUUAAAGGGGACGGUGGGCGAUCAGCCAUUUGUGUGAAGUUUAUGGAGAAUUUUUAGGGGGUCUGAAUACAAAUGUUAAAUGGCCUAGCGACGCCCAUGACAGAAGAGUUGAAGCUGUUAUCGCUGCAAAGGGGGUGGGGGACACACUAUUAUAUUAAAUCCUAUGGAUUAAGAACUGAAUGCCCAUAUGCAUGUGAAGGGCAGGCGAAAUGAGCGAAUACUUUUGGCAAUAUAGGGUAUUUAUCCAUAAGGUGGAGGUGAUUAGUAAGGCUCGCUUACUCUCCGAGUCACCAGAUGGCGCUGAUGCUGCAGAGCAGCAAUUUGUCACGCUGGUGCUUACAUUCCCAAAGAAGAACACAAACCUCCGAACGUCUGUAUUAUACGAUGGUACAGACGCGACUGAGAGACUGUUUUAUUUUGCUCUCUCGCACGUUUAUUCUGUUUGCGCUGCUUUAUAAAGAAGUUGCUAGAUGCGAUGUCGUAUUUAUGCCAUCAGUCCUUGCUGCAUCUGGUCCAAGAGCGUCUGCCUUCCUGGUUGGGAACCUGACGGGCGUGUCGCUGACCAUUGGCAGCGUCUCACCAGCCAGUGCUACAGGACAUCUCCCUCCAGCGUCCUGCGUGCCGUCGCAAAGUAGUCAAUGGAUUUUGUCAGAUGAGCCAAUGGGAAAGGGCAGCCUCCUGGUGCGUGUGAGUCUGAACCGAAGCUUACAACUGUGUGCCAGUGCGAAUGAGACAAACUGCUGUAGCCAGCUGCUGUGCGUGAGAGAGACUGUCAUGGUGUCUGCAUGUCUGGGCGACGUGCCCCAAGCCUCUCUCAUCUUGCAGGCUCAGAUCUACGCCAAGCUGCUUCCCGCCGGCCCUGUAUUGGAGAAUAAAACAGCAAUUCCUAAUCAAGUGUACCAGCCCCUUGGGCAGUGUCCAUGUGACCUGACGGAGAAUGUGUGUGACGUGCGAUGCUGCUGUGACAAGGACUGUGCCCCAGAGCUGUUGUGGCUUUUUACUGGGCGAUGUCUCGCUGGUCCGUUUGGAGGAAUGAUCUCUCCUGUUCCUGACUAUGUCUGCUCCGCUCAGUCGGCUGUCAAUGAUCCUGAUUGGUUCCCUUUCCUCUGUGUCACAUCUGCUUUGGAGAACAACCCAUUCCUUGGACUUUUCUAUGAUGGAACUAUUGUCACUCCGAAGCCCGCUCCAUCUUUCCAGGCACCACAGCUGACAGCACCUGUACCUCCUACAAAUUACCAUCAGGGGGCGCCCAUCUUCACUACAGACAACCAGUACUUCACCAUCCCACAGGUGUCCAUGUUGGGACAGUGCUUGGAAAAAGCUCCGGUAGCGUUCCUGCAGAACUUUGAGGCCCUGUGUGUGAGAACUCUGCAGUCCUGCCCUGCGGAACCAGCGAAUCUCAACGUGACGGUGAGAGGUGACCAAGGAGGAGUGAUCGCAGUUGCCAUCACAGAUGAAGUCAUCACAGAUCUCAGCCUGUUCUUAUCCAAUCCUCCUAAUCCUGCAACUGAGACACAGUCGUGUUUGAAUGUGGUUCUGUCUUUAAGUUAUACGUUUCAGUGGAAAGGAAACGGCAUUACAGCCAUCAGUGUGACCCGCCGCAUUGGAAACAUCACCUUCAGUCCUGGAGUGACCCUGACGACCCGUUUCUCUGCAGUGUUUAUUAAUGGAAAUAUCACAGCUCAACCUAACUCUGGCAACCCAGGUUAUCAGGUGGGAAGGCCAGUGAUUGGUGGAGUUUUGGACGAUGCUACCGGAGGCAUAAGGAGAGCUUCAUUCAGCCUCUGGCAAGGAGUGAAAGAUGGCCUGUGCUCCUCUGCUAACCUGAGGCCAGUUUUUUAUGGAAUAAACUCAACAUCUGGAUGCCUGCUGCCUGUCAGUUUACUUAAUCUUACCGAGUGCAUUCAGCUCAGAGAAACUGUUCGCUCCACUUUGGCAGCUUUAGUCCCUGCUGCAUUGGUUUCCAGUACAGGAAAGCCAGAUUUCUCCACACCGAUCAACUGGACCCGUGCCACUAAUGCAGUACAGAACUCUACUCAGACAGUUGGGAGCUCUAGGGGUGUGUGCUUUGGUGUUCCAGCUCACCUACACAUUCACAUCAGAAGUGUGGUCAUGGGAACCAUAAAUGGGGUACCACAGAAAAUUAUCCAGGCUGUGGAGUUAAAUUUUAAGACGUCUACAUGGAGUUUAGAGUGCGAUGCAGCUCAAGGAUCUGUUUGUCUGACUGCAGACCUGACACAAAAGUUCCCUGUGACCUCUUCUGUAACCUUCACAGAGGCUCCUGUUAGUGGACAAUCGCCUAUGUCCAGGUUUCGUAUUAACUUUACCGAGUUUGACUGUGACAGGAAUGAUGUGUGCUGGCCUGAGCUCGCGUUUCCACUCACACCUUAUUACACUGGUGAGCCGUAUUCUCAGGCUCUGGCUAAAGGGCUUAUCCUUGUCUUCUUCUUUAUUGCUGCAUCUGUCUUAGGAACACCUUGGAGACAAAUUAGACAGGCGUGGAGUAAUAGCUUACUCUAAUGUGUGUGUGUGUCAGAGAGGGAGAGAAAGAGAGAUCACUGAUGGUGUUUAUGGAGGGAAAUGAAAGAUGAUACUGUAGUCAUGACACUUUUUCUCAGUCAUUUCAGUAUAUUUAUUGAACUCCAUGAAAACUAGUUUUCUUAACAAGCUUUUUCUUUUGAUUUAUUUGUAAAGCCAAUGUAAGAUAAGUAUUUUUGAUUAAUAUUUAUUAUAUUGUGUUGUACAGAUUUUAUAGUGGAAUAAAUUGUUCUUGAGUUUGUGCUUGUCCUUUUCAUAAAAUAAAU